GGGUUCACAGUGAGCAGAGGCAUUUGAGUCAGGGCACACAUGCCUCAGCUGUGAGAGGCCCUACUCCCCUUGGCUGGCUGGCAUCAGAGCGCAGAGGUAGAGACAGAGAGGGUGAAGAGAAAGUUGAAGAGUAAAGUAGACUAGGACAAGGCUAAGAAGUGGUUGAGAAAGUUUUGUGUAAAGAAGAAGAAGGCAUUAGAGACUGAGUUGUGUGCAGCAUUGCUCUUGUAGGUUGUUUUUCAGUCGUUUAUUUUUAUCUGUGGUGACUGUGCCAACGGCUUGUGUUUGGAGUUGACAGUCAUGGCGGAUACAGGUGUCAAGAAGGAGCGCACAGCCUUAGAAGAAGUGUCUUAUGAUGAUGAAGAGGUUGCCCUGGUGGGUGCCGCCUCAGAGCCAGCAGUAGAUGAUGAUGACCCGGCUCAAGAGGUGGAUCUGGUGCUGCCCGAUGCUUCUGGAGGCAAGAGUGAAGCACAGAUGAAUGGCGUCAUGGUCCUGGCCCUGUUAGACAAGAUUAUCGGGGUGGUCGAUCAGAUCCAGCAGACCCAGACCGGGCUCGAGGCUCGGCAGGAGGCCAUGGAGAAGUCUGUGUCAACCAUCCAAGGGGAGCUGGCAAAGUUGUCCAAGAACCAUGUCGGCACCGCCAACACUGUCAACAAAAUGCUAGACAAGGUACGCAAGGUGAGCGUCAAUGUCAAGACGGUGCGGAGCAACCUGGAGAAGCAAGCCGGUCAGAUCAAGAAGCUGGAGAACAACGAGAACGAGCUGCUCAAGAGACGCAACUUCAAAGUCCUCAUCUACCAGGACCAAGUUAAACCACCAAAGGCAACCAAAGCAAAGACAGCAGAAGAGGGAGUAGUGGAGGGCCUUGAGCAGAUACCUGAGGAGGGAGGAGAAGGAGUCCAGGCCAAUCUCAAUUCAGAUGAGGAAGUGGAGAUAGAGGAGAUUAUUGAAGAGUCACGCACUAAACGCCUCCAACGCACCACAAAGCAGCAAGUCGACAACAUAAAGAAAGCUUUCUCCAAAGAGAAAAUGGAGAAGACCAAACUAAAGACCAAGGAGAACUUGGAGAAGACCAAGCAGAGAACGCGCGAGAACCUGGAGAAGACGAGACAGAAAGCCCGCGACAACCUGGAGAAAACCAAGCACAGCCUGGAUAAGAAGAUCGGAAAGCUGGGGACCCGCAUGACCCCCAACCAGGAGCGUAGGGCCAAGAUGAAGAGCUCCAAAGACAAGGUGAAGAAGUCCCUAACGCCCGACCACACCGUUUAUGCUCGCUCCAAGACCACCGUGUACCGCGUACCCCCGUUCACCUUCCAUGUGAAGAAAAUCCGAGAGGGCGAGGAGGAGGUGGUGCAGAACACAGAGAUGGUGGAGGUGACCGAGGCAGAACAGCAGUCGGGAGAAGAGAACGGGCUGGAUUUGAACGUGGAGGUGGAGGAAGGGGAGCUGGUGAGUGUAGACGGCCCCGAGAUGGAGACUCUGUUGCAGGUGACUGAGGAUCCUCAGCUGGUCCUAGUGGAGCCAGACCACCUAAAGAAGGCCCAGAGAGAAUAAAUCAAACCUCCCAGCUACAACAGGACUGGAGGAAUGGAAGAAAGAAGAGGGGGAUGGGGGCUUGUUAUAUGAGUCUAAUCACAAGGACACUGUUAUAUUUGUCACAGGGACUUUCUAGAUGUGAUCACAAUCAAUGACAUCUCUUUUUUUUUCUCUUUCUAUUUUACCCAACAGGGGUGACUUUCAUAUUUGCUUCACUAUAGAAACAAAGAAGAGCAGAACAAAAACACUAGCUUUUGUCUGUUCCCAUUACUUCUGACAGCUUAUCCUAGACUUGCAUUGCUACAGUAUUUAAAGAUUGUUGUUGGUUUGAUAAAUUGAGUGGCUAUUAG